AAGGCAGAGGAAUGUUGUCAGCUGUGAGGCUGGUGUAGGUUUGGACCGGCUCACCCCAGUGAUUGUUGGGGGACCAGGGGCUGCGCCUCUCUCCCAGCAAUGACCUCCUUCUUAAAUGAUUCUGAGGGAAGGUUGGGGAGCAGAGAGCCGCGCCUGAGACAGGCCUGGGCUCGCGCAGGAGAGGGUACAGGGCCGGGGAGUCGUGUAGAGGCCCCCAAGGUGGAGGGCGAGGGGGUGACUGAGUGUAUUCACCGAAUGCGCCGCCAGGUGGCGCCGCCUCCGCAAGUCCAAAUAUUCCUCCACCAACCGCUGGGGGUGGGGGGCAGGCCCGGCGCGAGCCCCGGCCCCCGACUCAUCCUGGGGCGCAGGGUCCCGGUAGCAGGGGUUGGGGCGGGGGAGGGGCAGCCGACCCUUGGCGUCUCGCUCUGGACUCCGAAGCCCGAGAGUGUGUCUUGCGGGAGAGGCUUCGACCGAAGAAGCGGAGGGGGAAGGGCGGCCGCCUUGGCGCCCGGCCCUUUGUGCUCGAACAAUGACCAGCUGCCGCUGGCCCCGGGGCCCGGGUUCCCCUGGAGGCCCUUGGCCAGGCCUGAGCCCCUGUCGCCAUGGCCAUUGUGCAGACUCUGCCAGUGCCACUGGAGCCCACUCCUGAGGCCACCACUGCCCCACAACCUCCAGCCAUGGGCAGCGUGAGCAGCCUCAUCUCAGGCCGGCCCUGCCCUGGGGGGCCAGCUCCUCCCCGCCACCACGGACCCUCUGGGCCCACCUUCUUCCGCCAGCAGGAUGGCCUGCUACGGGGUGGCUAUGAGGCACAGGAGCCACUGUGCCCAGCUGUGCCCCCUAGGAAGGCCGUCCCUGGUACCAGCUUCACCUACAUCAACGAGGACUUCCGGACAGAGUCACCCCCCAGCCCGAGCAGUGACCUUGAGGAUGCCCGAGAGCAGCGGGCACGCAAUGCCCAUCUCCGCGGCCCCCCACCCAAGCUCAUCCCUGUCUCUGGAAAGCUGGAGAAGAACAUGGAGAAAAUCCUGAUCCGCCCAACAGCCUUCAAGCCAGUGCUGCCCAAACCUCGAGGGGCACCAUCCCUACCUAGCUUCCUGGGUCCUCGGGCCGCCGGACUGUCUGGGAGCCAGGGCAGCCUAACACAGCUGUUUGGGGGCCCUGCCUCGUCCUCCUCUUCCUCCUCCUCCUCGGCUGCUGACAAACCCCUGGCACUGAGUGGCUGGGCCAGUGGCUGCCCAUCGGGGACACUUUCUGACUCCGGCCGAAAUUCACUGUCCAGCCUGCCCACCUACAGCACCGGGGGUGCAGAGCCAGCCAACGGCUCCCCAGGCGGGCACCUGCCCUCCCACGGCCCUGGGCGGGGGGCACUGUCGGGUCCAGCCCGAGGGGCCCCUACUGGGCCCUCCCACUCGGACAGUGGUCGGUCUUCCUCCAGCAAGAGCACAGGCUCCCUGGGAGGCCGUGUGGCUGGGGGGCUCUUGGGCAGCGGUGCCCGGGCCUCCCCUGACAGCGGCUCCUGUGGGGAGCGCUCUCCGCCCCCGCCCCCACCCCCGCCACCCCCUUCGGAUGAGGCCCUGCUGCACUGUGUCCUGGAAGGAAAGCUCCGAGACCGUGAGGCAGAGCUGCAGCAGCUGCGGGACAGUCUGGACGAGAGUGAGGUGACCAUGUGUCAGGCUUACGAGGACCGGCAGCGGCACUGGCCGCGGGAGCGCGAGGCCCUGCGGGAGGACGGUGCGGCCCAGGCACAGCGGGCACAGCGGGCCCAACAGCUGCUGCAGCUGCAGGUAUUCCAGCUGCAGCAGGAGAAGCGGCAGCUGCAGGACGACUUUGCACAGCUGCUGCAGGAACGGGAGCAGCUGGAGCGGCGCUGCGCCACCUUCGAGCGGGAGCAGCGGGAGCUCGGGCCGAGGCUCGAGGAGACCAAGUGGGAGGUGUGCCAGAAGUCAGGGGAGAUCUCCCUGCUGAAGCAGCAACUGAAGGAGUCUCAGGCGGAGCUGGUGCAGAAGGGCAGCGAGCUGGUGGCGCUGCGGGUGGCGCUGCGAGAAGCCCGAGCCGCACUACGGGUCAGUGAGGGCCGGGCGCGGGGCCUGCAGGAGGCGGCCCGGGCUCGGGAGCUGGAGCUGGAGGCCUGUUCCCAGGAGCUGCAGCGGCACCGCCAGGAGGCCGAGCGGCUGCGAGAGAAAGCCGGCCAGUUGGACACCGAGGCCGCCGGACUCCGGGAACCCCCCGCGCCACCUGCCACCGCCGACCCCUUCCUCCUGGCGGAGAGCGAUGAGGCCAAGGUGCAGCGGGCAGCGGCCGGGGUCGGGGGCAGCCUGCGGGCCCAGGUGGAGAGGCUGCGGGCAGAGCUGCAGCGGGAGCGGCGGCGGGGCGAGGAGCAGCGGGACAGCUUCGAGGGCGAGCGGCUGGCCUGGCAGGCGGAGAAGGAGCAGGUGAUCCGCUACCAGAAGCAGCUGCAGCACAACUACAUCCAGAUGUACCGGCGCAACCGGCAGCUGGAGCAGGAGCUGCAGCAGCUCAGCCUGGAGCUGGAGGCUCGGGAGCUCGCCGACCUGGGCCUGGCCGAGCCGGCCCCCUGCAUCUGCCUGGAAGAGAUCACCGCCACCGAAAUCUAGGGCCCUCGGCGUCCCGGGUCUGCGGGGAGCCUUGCCGAAGGGGGGGGGGGGGCGGGAGCCUCAGGUCCACUGAGGGCCCCAGAGCCGCCCGUCCCCCCGCCCCGGGGGUCCAGGCCUCUGGGCCUCUGCCAAGAACUUGGGGCUGCCCUGUGACUCGGAUGAGCAAGAUCAGACUCCUCGAAGGUCCCCAUGUUCACUGUCACACAGAGGUUCCUGCUCACUCGACCCGUUUCACUCCCCAGCUGCCGCCAUUGCCACUCUGCCGACCGCAUUCAUCCCAGACGCCCGGGGUGGGUGGGAGGGACGGGGGGUGCUGGGAAGAAGAAGGGGUUCCCUCGUUUCCACACUCCCCUACCCCGAAGCCAGAGAGAGCCAGACAGUGCCAGCUGCUCCAGAUGUGCCUGCCCACACCCUGCCCGUGUCGGGCGACAGGGCUGGGACUGGGGUCUGACCCCCAGGUUCCAGCUCUGCAGCCUGUCUCCCAGGGUGAGGGGCUGUAGUCAGACCAAAGGAAGAACUCAGAAACGUCUUGUUUAUUUGUGUUUGUGACCAAGUGGCCCCUCCCCACACCCAGGUUUAUGGCCUCGUUUUCACUUGUAUAUUUUUCCACUGUAAAUUUCUUGUACAAACCCAAAGAAACAAAUUAAAAAUUUUUCUGUUUGUAAAAAAAA